AUGCGCGCCUGCGCAGCAGGGUGGACCAUCUCUUGACGGAAUCGCAAGCAGUAACCACCGUUCCUGUUGCUGGGGUUUGCGGCGACAGUGCUCGGAGCUCUGCUUUUAAUCGUAAUGUUCUGAAAAAGACUUCCCUGAAAAUGGCAAAGAGAGCAGGAGGUGCAAAGGCUCGGUCCGGGGCUGGCAAGAAUUCGUUGGCGCAGUUGGGCCUGUUCGACAUUCCGGAUUUGGACAAUAUGGAAGGUGACGACGACAGCGGAGGGGAUGGCGACGACGAGGAUUUGGAAGCCGAGCUCUCUGCUCUGUUGUCUGGAAAGUCUCAGGCCAAGCCCAAAAAGCCAGCCCCAAAACCAGCGAUGGACCUGGGUUCUAUUCAGAUGAUGGCGGCAGCCAUCAUGAAGGACGACACUGGUACGGACGAGGAAGACGACGCCAACUUGUCAGACGACCCCGACUUGGUGGCCGAGUUGCAAGACCUGGCACCCCAACAAGAAGAUAGGGCACCACCUAGGCCUGCACCCAGACCAACACCCGGUGCAGUACCUGUGUUACCGCCUAGGCCUGUAACACAGCCGGCACCUGCUCCGAAGCCCAGCGGGGAGUUAUCCCAGGUUGAGAUGUUGCAGGAACGGCUGCAGAACUACCUGGCAGCCGAAGCUGCAGCCAAAUCCGCGGGUGACACUUCGAAGGUCCGACGUUUCGGCCGCGCCAUCAAGACACUCGAGUCUUUGGUGAAGAAAGCAAGGGCCGGCGGCGCCAUCAGCGAGGAGGACAUACCACCUCCUGUCGCGAUUCCGAAGGCGGCAUCUGCGUCUGCGCCUCCUUCUGCACCGUCCCAAGAGCCUCUGCCCUCGGUCCCCAUUCCGUCGGCGGCCCCUCCUCCGGAUCCGCCCAGGAUUGCUCCCUCAGCCCCCGACGCGGCUCCGGUCGCACCGCCAAGGCCACAGCACAGACCGGCACCCCCGGCGCCACCCCGUUCGGGUUCCUUGUCUGGCGAGCCGACUGCAGCGGCCGCUCCGGCCCCCGGUUCAACGGAGCAUACCCUGACGACCAGACGGGACCAGUACAAGCACGCGGCGCUCAGCGCCAAGAAGCGCGGAGACCAGCAGACCGCCAUCAAGUACAUCCGAACGGCCAAGCAAUUCGACACUGUUUUAGCUGCCAUUGCACAAGGACAGCCGGUGGACCUCACGAAGAUGCCCCCUCCUCCCCCAGAGUUUGCUGUUACGGCAUCCACUGCGGGGCCUCCUAGCGUUCCCAUUGCCGUCGCGGUUCCUGUGGCUGGAGCAGACGAGCCGUCUUUCCCUGCGUAUCUUGAUGAGAAUGUGCAAGACGAUGAUCCCUCGCUGUUCAACGCACCUCCGCCGCCGACCAGCGUUCUCGAGGCCUUGCAGCAGAGACUGGAGAAAUACCAGAGCACCAUCACAGAGGCCAAGGGGAAGGGAGACGACCGGAAAGUUCGGCGUCUCGGCCGCAUUGUCAAGCAAUAUGAGGAUGCCAUUAAGCUGCACAAGGCUGGGAAACCAGUUGACUUUGAGGAGCUGCCAGCUCCACCAGGUUUCGGACCGAUCCCCGUACCGCAAGAAGCGGCAGCGCCCGCCCCCAAGCCAGAGCCCCCAAAACCAGCUCCUAAGCCGGCUUCGAGGCCAGCUCCUGCCAGGCCAGCGCAAGCCGCAGCCAGUCCAGCUACCAAACCGGGACCGUCUGCUCCUCAGAAAAAGCCACUGCGGCGGGGCCUGUCGACCACCAUCGACAAGCAAAUGGAGUUCCUGUUGGAGCGGCAGAAACUGUUUCGAGAGGCCGCGCUGGAGGCCAAGCGCCGCGGGGACCGGGAACAAGCCAAGGAGUACCUACGUAUGAUGAAGGGCCUUGACCCCAUGAUCCAGGCAACAGAAGCAGGCCUGCCCAUCAACGCGACGAGUAUUCCCAUACCACCUCAGCUUCAGGAAGAUUUUGUGGUCGUCGAAGCUUCGGAGUGCGAGGGGAAGGAGCAGGAAGGGACAGAUGACGAAGCCUACAGAACGUUGGAGAGAGAACUAGUCGACCAGCAUCAGAUGUGUGUCCAAAACAAGGACCACUUCUUCAAGCUGGGGGAUGUGUCCUCAGGAACAAAAUUUGAGAAGCUGGCCCAGGAGGCCCAUCGGGACCUUCUGGUGGUGCGUAACCUGUGGCAGAGGAACGACCCCAUGCCCCGUUUCCACUACGAGACGAGGGUCUUCACCAUAGUCAGGUGUAAUCACGACCUCACAGACAACGAACUCGAGGUUUCGGUGGUGAGGGCGAUCAACCUUCCAGGUCGGAGCUUUGGAACAAACGGUUCAAUAGCAUGCAGCUGUCGGUGUGGCAGAAAGCCGGACGAACUGGAUUCCUACGUGAGGGUUGAAUUUCCCUUUCCAAAUGAUGCACCUCAGUCGGUGAGAACGAGGACUGUGAAGGACACCAUCAACCCUGAGUUCCAAGAGACGUUCAAGUUUGAGAUCAACCGCAAGUCCCGCAGCUUUGCCAGGAUCACGAAGAGACAUCCCAUUAAGCUGGAAGUGUGGGCCAAGAGGGGAUUUCUAAGGAGCGACGCAAUCCUGGGCACGGUGGCAGUUAAGUUUGAGGAUCUCGAAACGAAGUGUGACUUGCACGACAGCUACGAUGUAUUCGACAGCAAGCGACCUUCCGGAGGCAAGCUAGAGGUGAAAGUUCGUGUUCGCGAGCCUUUCGUCUCGAAGCAAGUUGAAGAAAUCAAGCAACGGUGGCUUAUUAUCGGAAGCUAGCCAGCAGCUUAUGGCUUGGAAGCUAAGUGCCCAGUGUCAGUUGAGAAGGCUAAAUUAGCAACGUCACACAGUCGCAGCAACUGCCUUGGAAGACAAGUGGAAUGUAGCUUGAGCUUUGCUUGUACAUGGAGUCACUGUUGCAUCGUAGGGUACUACUAUCUGACAUCUGCUUGUAGGCACACAUUUUAAUUUGACAACAACAAAACAUGUGCUAUGCCUACCAUUAUUUUGAGUUGGGCAGGGUGUUUGUGUCAAAUAACGGUGGCCUGAAAUUUUCUCCUUCACUGAGCUAAUUCUAUGUUCUCUAUAGGUCGGAUGAUUUUUGUGAUGACGGGGAACGUGGAGUGACGAUUUGCCUUGCCUUCAAACCUCGUAUGUUCUUCGGCUUGUACCCAGCGUUUGACAGAUGAAUUUGUGCUGGGGAAAUGUGCACACAAUAUUUAUUGAUGGAAUCAACUAUAUUGCUUUGGCAACGCUAGAUAGCAAACAAGGGAAUCGACAAACUAAGACAUUAAAGAGUACCUUUCAAAGUUAAAA